AUGCACUGUACCUGGGGAGAGUGCACUUGUCAAAUUCCUGGUCCCCUGAGCAGCUCAGACCUGGGAAGGGCACAAAACACGGGCCCAGUUGAGUCUGUGCCUUUGUGGAUUACCUGGGAACCUGAACAGUGUAGAUCUGGGAAGUGCACGCAACCCAGGAACCACUUUACACAGGUUCCCAGCAGAGCAACCUGGAGCCUGAGCACUGUAGGCCAAGAAAGCACACAUGCCGUGAGUGUGGGCAAACCCCGCGAGCGCUCCCCACACACGCCAGUGAUAUUUGUUUGCAGUGUUCCUCCCUCCCUGCAGCACAGUUGA